AUGCAGUUGUCUUUAUUUAGUUGUAUACUGCUAUCAGCAACAAUAGCGGUCACAUCAGCUGAAUGGUCUUGGGGUGAAGGCAAAAGUGACAAUGAUGAAAAUCAACGUAAAAAUACGACGGCCGAAUUAUUAGAAGGGGAGCAACUGACAGUGGCGCAAAAGAAAAGUCUUGAAACUAAUGAAACUGUUCUUGACGGAAUUGUAGACGAGCUUAUUAACGGCAAGCAAGGUAGAAGUUUAGGCGGUUUCGAUGAAGUAUAUGGGGAUCCGACAAUAAAAGAAGCUUUGGAUGCAGGAGAUGACACUGAAGCAAGGAACUUGAUUAAAGAUCGCCUGUGUACAUUAGGCUUGAUACAAUGUGAAGAAGUUGACACUCAAGAAAAGCGGACCUAUUAUUCUCCAGAUGAAUUGAUUUAUGCUCAGCCCGUCGAUAUUAAGCCAAUCGGUAAACCAGUUGCAUCGAUUCCCGUUCGAGGUCCUCCACGAGCAUAUGGUCCGCCAAAACCCAUGCCAUAUCCACAACGCCCACAAAAGAUACCACCUAAAAGAUCUGGAUACGGGGGGAAUGUUAGACCUGGAUUUUCUGAUAAAUAUGGGCUUUCAGGAAGUAAUUAUCAAUUCUCACAAAGCAGCGGAAUAUACAAUAAUCACGAGAGUAAUUUUGUUACAAAGCCACCUCUAUAUUCAAACGAGGGACCUUAUACUUUUGAAAACUCCAAACCAUCCUACAACAAAUUUCCAUCAAAUGCACAGACAGGAGUUAAAACGGAAUCUGUCGUACAACAACAUGUCCAUCAUCACUACGUACACGGUGAUGCAGAAAAAGAUCCCAAAGUUAUUAUCAAACCUGUCGCUAUACCAGUUGGUUCUGUAGGACAUUUAGGUUCACAAAACUUUGCUCAGGAAUCCUCUGAUUUCAUAACAGCUGCAGGAGGCGACUACAGCUCCAUAACACCUGGAGGUUUUAAGCCUAUGACUGGAAGUUAUCCCUUAAAUACUAAACCAGUUUAUGAAGCAGACACUAUAUAUGGCUCCCAAUUUGAUCAUACAAAUUUCAAUAAGGGCAGUUCGAAUUUAAUAUCUCAAUCUUUACCAAAUCAAUACACAAACAACGCUUUCGAUGAUCAGAGAUUCGGUAAUAAUCUGGGAUCAUAUGCUUCACAAAAUUCAGAAUUUUACAAAAAAGAACUCCAUGUAGGAUCGGCUAGUAACUUAUACAACCAAGGCCCAGCAACAUUUGGUCAAAACAAUGCGUAUCAGCAAAAUUAUCAUGAAGCAAAAGCUCAAGGAUUCGAUUGUGUUUGUGUUAAUUACGAUCAAUGUCCAAGUCAAGAAAUAAUCGGACGCAGGGAUGAUUUAUACUUACCUAUUGAUCCACGUAAUAAAGGUAGUGAAAUUUUGGCACUUACGGAUGAACAACUAGACAACUUAAACAAAACCACGUCUACAGAUUUAGAAGUUGAAACAAAGCAAAAUGACACAGAAGUUAAAAGCAUUAGUAAACGAGAAGUUGAAUCAGAUAAACAAAAUGAAGGAGAAAAAGAAGCUGAACCGCGCGUCUUUGGACUGCCCGGCUACGGCGGCAAUGGCGGUAAUAGCAACAAACAAGUGCAGCCCACGUUUGGUGUCUCUUUUGGGUUGCCCCAGCCUUCCCACAGUGGAUACCCCAUAAAUCCUUAUAAUGACAAUCCUAUUCAUAAUCCUUAUGGCCCAGCUUUAAAUGGAGGCGGCAUAAAUUUAGGACUACUUUCAGUAAAUCCUUUACUAGCUGUACAAGUUACCAAAAAUGACUACGGAGAAAAAAUAGUUAAACCUUUUGUUAAUUUACAUGUCACGCCUAACGAGCAUGUUAUUAAUAAAAUCGGCAACUUGUUCCACGAAAAAAAACUUUAUCUUUUAAACAAACAUGAACAUUACCACCAUCAUAAUCCUUACGGUAAUUACCAUGAAUUUAAUGCAUAUCCGCAUUAUGAAUACCCUCUAAAUCACAAUUACCCAUCUGCAGUCUAUUCUCCACAUUACACGCAUCGUGGUUACCCCAAGCUAAAUUCUUAUCAUUCCCCUGAACCAUAUAUUGGUGAUGAGGACUACUACGACGAUGACAAUUUAAACCACUAUAAUGAUCAUGCCCAGAACAAUUACCAUCAAAAUGAUUUCUUUAAUCCUAGUCUUGAGAGGUCAACCAACACUUCAGUAGAAGAUAAAGGUAACAGCUAUGCUAAUCGAUACGCUUAUUCCCGUUCCCUAUAUAUUCCUUCUCGUACUCCUGGGGCAAACCAGGGAGGCUCAAGUAUCCGCUUUCCUGACAACAGAAGGAAGAGAGAACUUUCUAUAGAGAAAACUGUUGAAGAGCGCCAAGGAUACUUCGGUCGCCCCAAUGCACAGCGAUGUCAGCAAAAUCAAGUGUGCUGUCGUCGUCCUUUACGGCCCCAAGCUUCUAAUCGUGGUCAAUGUGGUAUCAGACACUCCCAAGGCAUCAAUGGAAGAAUUAAGACGCCUUCAUAUAUAGAUGGCGAUAGUGAAUUUGGAGAAUAUCCUUGGCAAGCAGCCAUACUGAAAAAAGAUCCAAAAGAAUCUGUUUACGUUUGUGGAGGAACACUUAUUGAUGGACUUCACAUCAUGACUGCAGCUCAUUGCGUUAAAUCAUACAAAGGAUUUGAACUACGCGUCAGAUUGGGCGAAUGGGAUGUAAACCACGAUGUUGAAUUCUAUCCUUACAUUGAAAGAGACGUCGUUUCAGUUCACGUACAUCCCUUAUACUACGCCGGAACCUUGGACAACGAUCUUGCUAUCCUCAAACUGGAACAUCUAGUAGAUUGGACUAAAUAUCCCCACAUCAGCCCCGCUUGUUUACCUGACAAAUAUACAGAAUAUGCUGGACAGAGAUGCUGGACAACUGGUUGGGGAAAAGACGCUUUUGGUGACUACGGGAAAUACCAGAACAUUUUGAAGGAAGUCGAUGUACCUAUUCUAGCACAUGCUCAAUGUCAACAACAGUUAAAGCAAACGAGAUUGGGCUACAAUUAUGAAUUGAACCCAGGUUUCAUUUGCGCUGGGGGUGAAGAAGGAAAAGACGCGUGUAAAGGUGAUGGUGGUGGUCCUUUAGUAUGUGAACGCAGCGGUACAUGGCAAUUAGUAGGUGUCGUAUCUUGGGGCAUUGGUUGUGGCCAAGCUGGAGUACCUGGAGUCUAUGUGAAAGUUGCACAUUAUCUUGACUGGAUCGCACAAGUAACAGGAAAAUAUUCACAAUACUAA